AACAGAGAGGGGCGUAGCCUCACCUCAGACGUUCGAGGCUUGUCGGGGGACAGCCUCGCACCCUGCCAGUCCUCGCUGGGACAGCGUUGCUGCAGCUCGGGACCUGCAUCCUCAGGACUCCACGUUGUGCUGUUGCAUCCCAUUGGGCGUCGCAGGAAACCACAAAUGUUGGGUUCCAGCAGAGCCUUGUGUUUCCCUAAUCAGCUCAGAGCUAGUUCCUGGGAUCCCAGUGACAGGAAAGAUAAGAAAAACCACACGAACAAACUUCAAGAGCUGGCCUUGCUGAUCCCCAUGACUCUGAAGACCAGAAACAAGAAGCUCACCAAGAAGGAGAUCCUGCUGCAUGUCCUGCACUACAUUCAAUACCUCCAGAGAAGCAUUGAUGUGACCAAGACCUUGCUCAAGAGCCACAUCGGCAAUGGGAAAGGUGGACUUGUGGAGCUGGGUCAGAACCCAUCUGCUGGCCUGGCCAGGUGGAAACACUCUACUCCCUCAAGCUCCCCAUGCUUUCAGAAGUCACGCCUUUGGGGAGCCUGUCAGAAACCACCUCAAAACAAGAAGUUCACCCAAGUGUCAGAACGCCCAACCUGGUCCCAGAAGCCUCACCGUUCUCUGACUCUGGGGCAGCCUGAGAAACUGGUGACCCUAUCCCCAAGCCAGGAGGAAGGAAAAGGGGAGGCUGCCACAUCUCCAAGACACUACUGUCCUAGCAAACACCUCAGAACUGCACCAUCCCUGUCUCAAGGUGAUGGAGUGGCCCAGCUGGUAUUCCUGGACAUGGCUGAGAACAUUGAGAACAUCGCUGCCUGUGAUAUCACAAGUGACUGUCAUGGGGUCAGGGCACAGGAUGGAGAGCCCAACAUUGACUUUAAGGUCCAGAGAAGAGUUGAAAAGUCCUGUUUCCUCAGCAAGGCACAGCCCUGUCUCAGGCAGGAGCUACUGUUGUGCGAUUCCAGCAAGGAGGUAGACAGAGAAACACCAGACAGUGACCCCUGGCUUCCUGCUUGGACCUCAGAAGACAGCUCCAGUGGGAGCCCACUGGAUUUGGGGUCUCCCCAGGUCAGUACCUGGCAUGUGAUCAACCACCUGAGUGAGAUCUUAGGACUGAGCUCUUCCCCUUUCAGUUCCCCAAGCAAAAUCCUGUCGGAUCAUGUCUUGGAAGACAACACCUGCUUUCUGACUGAAGGUCUCUUUGAAGAGGUGUUCUUAGAGCCUGAGCCUCCACCUGCAGCCUGUGAACUGGCAGUCUCCCAGGAGAAGGACACACCCUCCAAGGGCCCUAGGGGCCCACCUAACUUAGGGUCCUCAGUCUCGCUGGACCAUUGCUACCUCUCGAUGAGUGAGAACAGCAGGGUGCUGUCCAGCUCUAGCUCCAGCUCUGGCUCCAGCUCAGAGUCCACAGACACAGAGUCCCUGAGGGAGCAGGAAGAGGCCAUCCCCCAGGGCUUGCAGACCUCCAGUGAUGAGGACAGAAACUGCACAUGGACCCCCACCCAACGAUCCUCUGGCCUGCUGGUAGCUGGCAGGAAGACCCAGAGGGGUCAGGCCAGCCAGGGUCCCAUGAGGCCUAAGGACAGCAGGAAAGCCUCCAGCCAGGUGAAGAAAAAGUGUGUCAAUGGCUUCAUCAUGUUCUGCAGAAUGAACCGGAAGCAGUACAUCCGAGCCUGUCCUGGGACUGCUUCCACAUCUGCCACCAAGGAACUGGCACAAGUGUGGCGAGUGAUGACCCCAGAGGAGCGGAGACCAUAUUGCACUAGGGCACGCAAGUUUAGCCGCCAGCACAAUCGCAUUGUGAAGCGGGAGCGGUCCAACAGUGAGGAUGAUGAUGGAGAGAUUCUCAAGCCCUUCUACCAGCUGCUGGUUGAGAAGGCCCAAGUAAUCCCGGGACUGGUCCCUGUGAGCAUCAUCUCCCUGGACCUGGCCUCACCGCCUACACCCCCAACCUGUGAAGGGCAGCACCUGCUUGCUCAGUUCUGCCACCCCUUGGCUCCCAGCUCUACCCCAUCCCCCCUGUCCCCACACUUAUUUGAAAACAGGAGCUAAGGAUGGCAUGUUUGUUCCCCCUGGGCCUCAGUACCUACUGCUGUGGAUUCCCUGUCCAGUUACCCCCCUGGCACAAGAGAAUUUACUGACCCCAAGGCUUAGUGCUUUGCCUCGUGUACAUCAGGGCAUGACCCCCUCCCUCCAGCCCUUUUCACCCUCCAUUGUCCUAAAAGGAUGUCCCAUAUGAAAUGUAGGUGACAUGUGAGCAGGGGCUCCUCUGCGCCCAGAAUGAAAUGGUUCUAAACUAUUGCCUUAAAAUGAAAUGGAACCCUUGUUACCAGCUGGGGAUAAGGGGAGCUAUGUCCCAAAUCCUUGGCCUUGGAUGGGCCUUUGACAUAAGUCAAAUUGAGAGGCCCUUUGCAAUCUACAGAACCUCCUUCCCAAGCCACAGGGCUGAACUCAGUCCCUCUUUACCUCAGAAAGUCUUGGGUAUGGUGACACACUUGCAAUU